CCCGCGCACACCCCCCCCGGGGGCAUGGAGCUGUCGGGGGCCGCCGGCGCCGCGGGGCCCGGCAACGUGCCGGCCUUCCUCACCAAGCUGUGGAGUCUGGUGGGCGACCCGGACACCGACCCCCUCAUCUGCUGGAGCCCGAGUGGGAGCAGCUUCCACGUGUUUGACCAAGGACAGUUCGCCAAGGAGGUGCUGCCCAAGUACUUCAAGCACAACAACAUGGCCAGCUUCGUGCGGCAGCUUAACAUGUAUGGCUUCCGGAAAGUGGUCCACAUCGAACAGGGUGGCCUGGUAAAGCCGGAGAAGGAUGACACGGAGUUCCAGCACCCGUACUUUGUCCGUGGCCAGGAGCAGCUGCUGGAGAGCAUCAAGAGGAAAGUCACCAGUGUCUCCGGCAUCAAGAGUGAGGACUUCAAGGUCAGGCAGGACAACGUGACCAAGCUGCUGACAGACGUGCAGUUGAUGAAGGGGAAGCAGGAGAGCAUGGACUCCAAGCUCAUCGCCAUGAAGCAUGAGAACGAAGCGCUGUGGCGAGAGGUGGCCAGUCUGAGGCAGAAGCACGCCCAGCAGCAGAAAGUCGUCAACAAGCUCAUCCAGUUCCUGAUCUCGCUGGUGCAGUCGAACCGGAUCCUGGGAGUCAAGAGGAAGAUCCCGCUGAUGCUGAACGACAGCAGCUCUACCCAUUCGAUGCCCAAGUAUGGCCGCCAGUACUCCCUGGAGCACGUGCCCGGCUCCUCCCCGUACACGGCUUCAUCCCCAGCCUACAGCAGCCCCAACCUCUACCCUGCCGACUCGGCGAUCAGUUCCGGGCCCAUCAUCUCUGACGUCACGGAAUCCAGCCCUUCGGCCUCGCCCGGCGGCAGUCUGGACGACAGAGCCAGUCCCAUGGUGCGCAUCAAAGAGGAGCCGCCCAGCCCGGCCCCCAGCCCCCGGAUCGAGGAGGCCGGCCCCGGCCACCCUGCCACCGCGGCCACGCCCCUGUCACCCUCCACCUUCAUCGACUCCAUCCUCCAGGAGCACGAGCCGGGCCUCUCGACCGCCCCUACCCGAGCCGGGGGCAGCCUCUCCACGGACAAGUGCCUCAGCGUCGCCUGCCUCGAUAACUUGACCCGCUCUCCACAGAUGACUGAGGUCUCCCGCCUCUUCCCCAGCCCCUCCUCAUCCUCUCUCCACGGCCGAGCUCAGCCAGGGGCUGAGCUCAGUGACCAUCUGGAGGCCAUGGACUCCAACCUGGACAACCUGCAGACCAUGCUAACGGCCCACGGCUUCAGCGUCGACACCAGCGCCCUGCUGGACCUCUUCAGUCCCUCGAUGACGGUGACCGACGUGAACCUGCCCGACCUGGACAGCAGCCUGGCCAGCAUCCAGGACCUCCUCUCCUCCCAGGAGCAGCCGAAGCCGGCAGAGACGGAACCCAGUAGCACAGACUCAGCACACACAGGGAAGCAGCUCGUCCAUUACACCGCACAGCCACUGUUCCUGGUGGAUUCCAGCGCCGUGGACGUGGGGGCCGGGGACCUGCCCAUCUUCUUCGAGCUGGGGGAGGGGUCCUACUUUGCCGAGGGCGAGAAUUACGACGACCCCACCGCCUCCCUGCUAGCCGGCCCGGAGCCACCCAAAGCCAAGGACCCCACCGUCUCCUAAGGGUCCCCCUUCGGCGGUGGGGGGUGAGGAGCGAGGCCGGGCCCUCACGUCGGCGCCCAGCGUAGGGUCGGCGGUGAACCCUCAGCCCCUCCGCCCUCCGCUGGGAGAGACCACCGACGUGUUGGGGGAGCGAGCGAGCAUGGGGGCCGGGACGGUCAGGAAGGAGGCUGCCCGUGAGUUGCGAAUGGUCGCGCGAGGAGUGGAGGGAGGAGGAGGAAGAAGAAGAACCCUCUCCCCCCGGGGUGGGAGGGGGGGAAGGGGGCAGGGCUGCUGGCCUCACCUGGAGCAGGAAUGGCUGAGCUCAGAGAGUCACUCCACUGCCCCCUCCUCCCCGCCCCCCUCACCUCCCCGGCUGCCCACCACCCCUUCUCCCCCUGCCAGCAAGAGGCCGAGUCUGCCUCCGUGACCCUGACGCACCCACAAGCGCGCGCGCACACAUACAAACACACGCCAGCGUGCACAGUUGGCCCAGGGACCCCCCUCACAGCCAUGUGCUUCCCCACGGUCCCCGCAACCCCCAGGUGUGUCCCCCGUCGAUUGUAUGGGCCCUUGGCCCAACCAUUGUUAAUAGUCAGAAUUGUAUUUUGGAUUUUUACAUGAGAGAAGCCCCAACUUCUCCCCCGCCCCUUCCCGCCCAUAUAGAGAAUAUAUAUCUACCGAGAGACAGAGAUCUAUAAACAGACAGGAUAUAUGGCUGGU